CGUAGCAUGCGUGGAAUUUGCAUAGGCUGUGCUGGGACAGGCAGGUUUCUUUUGUUGCUGGAAACAAGGAGCAAGUUCUUUUCCCUGUCUCUGCUUCCUAAUGCCUCUUCAAAAGCUCUCAGCACUCAUUGAUGCCAUCUGCAAUUUUGUCAUCUGCAAUGACUCCUCCCUCCGCAGCCAGCCGAUCAUCUUCAAUCCCGACUUCUUCGUGGAAAAGCUGCGCCAUGAAAAACCAGAGGUGUUCACAGAGCUGGUUGUCAGCAACAUUACCAGGCUCAUUGAUUUGCCUGGGGCAGAGCUGGCCCAGCUGAUGGGAGAGGAGGACCCAAAGCUGCCUGGGGCAAACAGCACAGCCUCUGGAUUUUUUCGUUCUCUGAUGUCUCUGAAGCGCAAGGAGAAGGGGGUGGUGUUUGGCUCACCACUGACAGAAGAAGGCAUUGCACAGGUUUCCCAGCUGAUCGAGUAUCUGCACAAAAAUCUAAGAGCAGAAGGCUUGUUUCGAGUGCCAGGCAACAGCAUCAGGCAACAGAUCCUAAAGGAUGCUCUGAACAGUGGUACUGAUAUUGACCUGGACUCUGGGGAGUUUCAUUCCAAUGAUGUGGCCACCCUACUUAAGAUGUUCCUGGGUGAAUUACCAGAGCCGCUGCUGACACACAAGCACUUCCAUGCCCACCUCAAAAUUGCAGACUUGACACUGUUUGAUGAGAAGGGGAAUAAGACCAGCACUCCAGACAAAGAGCGCCAAAUCGAAGCCCUGCAGCUGCUGUUUUUGAUCCUUCCCGCUCCCAACCGCAGUCUGCUCAAACUGCUGCUGGACUUGCUCUACCAGACCGCCAAGAAGCAGGACAAGAACAAGAUGUCUGCCCACAACCUUGCCCUCAUGUUUGCACCCCACAUCCUAUGGCCCAGAAAUGUGACAGCAAAUGACCUUCAGGAAAAUAUCACAAAGCUAAACAAUGGAGUGACCUUCAUGAUCAAACAUUCUCAGAAGCUCUUCAAGGCUCCGGUGUACAUCCGGGAGUGUGCCAGGCUGCACUAUCUGGGAUCCAGAGCCCACACAUCAAAGGACGACCUGGAUUUGCUGACGUCUUCUGGCUCCAAGGAGCUGCAGCCCCUCAAGUCUCAGAAGAGAAGCCGGCUGGACUCUUGCCAUCAGGAGGAGACCCAGCAGCGCACGGAGGAGGCACUGAAGGAGCUCUUCCUCCACGUCCACAAUAUGCCUGACUCUGCAAAGAAGAAGAAGCUUAUCCGGCAGUUUAAUAAGCAUCCAAGUGCUCUGACUCCUGGCUCUGAUGUGCCCUCAUCCCCAGCACCACGACGCACCCGCUCGCGCUCCUUCAGCGGCCUCAUUAAGCGGAAGGUUUUGGGAACUCCAGUUAUCCUGGAGAGGAAGAGCAGGGAUUCCACGCCAGAGCCUGUGCGGGUCAGCAAAGAGAACGUUCAGCUGUUACAGAAAUGUGGCUCUCCAGCUCAUAUGUCCCAAGCAAAGUUGAAGUCUUUGGAAGGCCAGAAAGAGGGAUCCUGCAGACGCAUGCGAGCCCGCCUGCUUUCCAAGGAUUCGUCAUCCCUCUGAAUCGCCUGGCGCCAACGCACGGUGGGGAUCGCCCGGCCUCGCAAGCUGUGAAUAGAAAAUGUGCUGCACUGAGAGGGGAGCACUGCAGGCUCACAGCAACCCUCACCAACACAGCAGCACUCCUGAAACUGGACCUUUGCAAGGAUUGCAGGGAUUUGUUUCUGUAUAUAAAUUAUAUUUCAUUCUACUAUGGGGCAAACCACUAUCUAACCCAAACUUGUGCGGCAUGUCUGACCUGCUGGCUCUGGGAAGAGCUGGAGUGCUUGCUUACAAGGAGAGCCCUGUUCAUUGCAGGGCCCUGUGUGCACUCCUAGCUUUCUCAUAAUGUUGCUAGGCUGUAUUUUUUUGCUUUUCUGCUCCAAGUUUUUAACACGUUGGCUUGUUUUUGCUUCCUUCCCCUGUUAGCAGUGAGAAUGAUGGGCUGUAACCCUUACCAACAUCCUGACACCCAAGCUUGCCUCCAGUCCUCCUCUGGAGGCAUUCCCUUCUCUGCUUCUUCUUGGCUCCAUUUUGCUCUGCUGUUUCCAAAGGGCUGAAGUGCACAAAUGAUACAGAGCAUGGGAUGGGCCUGGAAGGAGAGGCUCUGGAUGCCAUCUUUUCAAGUAGGGCCAGGGGAAAGCAGCUUCCCCAAUAAACUCAUCCCUCUAUUUUAGCUUGAGCUGGAGGCAGCCCUUGCUCACUGCCUUCACGUUUCAGUGGCACAGUUCUGAACAAGGAGUGUCUUGGCUUUGUGUUCACCCAGGGAGGCUUAAGCUGAGGAGAGCAGGAGGCUGGCAAAGGCUGUCUGGGGCAGAACAGCCUAAUCUUUGAAAGUUAAGGUGCCUGGGGCAGGCAGAGUCUUGUGGCUGUGUGUGAAAAACAGUGUGAGAGGUGAGAGAGGGCUCCAUCCUUUUGGGAUCUCCUGCAAAUAGUGCCAAAGGCUUUGGCUCAAGAUAUGUGGGUGGCUGGUAGGGCAACUGGCUGAUUAGUCAUUAAAGUGGGGGAAAGGUCUGAAGCUGGGUUCAGCUCUUUGGUCUGAGCUGCAGAAAUGAGAUGAAACCUUCUAGAUACAGGAUAAACCCCAAUCACAGCUGGCCAAUGUCAGCGGUCUCGUUAAGCCAAAGUGCUCCAGUAAGCCUGUCUUGCCAAGAACCUGUCUGCAAGCACUCUGAGGUAGGAUACACACAGGGUUGCUACUGUGAAAUAAUCAGCUGGGGGACCAUCUAAACACUUCUCAGCCCUUCUCAGCAAAGUAAAUAAUCUCUGGAAUCCAAUUAUAUUUGUCUUCUAAUCUUUAAGAACCAGCAGCCAGCAGGAGUUAGAGCUCUGCUCUUGACAGCUUUCUGAAACAACUGGUGGCAGGAGGUGUGAAUAUUGGGGAUAUGAACAGGGAGUUCAGUCUGAUUGGCUGGAGCUGUCAGAACAGGGCACUGGAGCCCUGUGCAACUUAGCUGGAUUUGUCACUUUUUUUUAAUUGUGAAAUUUUUUUUUUAAGAUACAAAUCCUUGUGCUGCUCGGUACAAAGGGUUGGUUUUGGUA